CCGCAACAAACCGUUAAAAAUAACAAUAAAAAUUACACAAAAAUAUGGUCGGUCAAUACGACAACCCAAUCAUGCCACAUAACGUGAGAUCAAGAUGGACGUGGACAUGCCUACUAUCCCAACGCCAACUGUUCGGUCGGCAACAAACGUGGCACGUACUUUGACUACUCCUCCGCCCCGCCCAACUAAUGCUACGACCACGACUACCGCUUCUGGAAGUGGCUCACGAGCAGCCGCAUCAACGCCAUAAGCCCAACCCGAGCCGCGUCGCAUUAGAUGCCCGCCGGAAACACCGACUACAGCACUGUGGACUCUUUAAGGAAUUGUCACCGACACAACGCCAUCUUGCUGCCCAGGCACAUGAACACUGCCUCAACUGCCUGUCGCACACACAUGUGACGCUAUUUGAGCCACACGUGUGGCAGACCACACCACACACGCUGCUGCAUAGGGCCCCACGACGCGAUGUAGGUCAGCCAUCUGCCUUAUGCGCGAAUAGAGCAAGGCAAGCAAACCGGGCGGUACGACGUCGUACCACUGCAGCCCGGCCUGAGCCCCAUCAAUGGCGUCCGCAUCACGUUGCACCAACCAAGCGUCGACCAAAAGGGCCACAGCAUCGCCCCGUUACUGGACUCAGCAACGUAGUGGCAACACUCCAGCAAUUACAAAGAUUGCUAGGAUAAAUAUUCGCCUAGGGGAGCCAGAAUGGUUAUAUGAGAUAAGACCGAAUCGAAUCCACACUGAAUUACCCUUAUAAGUGAAACGGGUGCAGUAUAUAAAGAAGUAGAAGUGGUAAGUGUGUCAAAGACAAAAGUGAAGUGGGCACCUACUCAAACAGUGCUACUUUAAACACGGAUAAAUUUUAGAGUAGCAUCCCACGAUUGCGGGGUAAAAUGGGUUUGUACAGACAGAGGAGAUCCUCCAGAUCAAGAAAAUAUAUGCAUAG